AUGAACAAAGCAAGCAGCUAUCCUGUAGCUCAGCUCAAUAACUAUAAUUACUUUCAGUUCCAACAACCGCGCAACCAUGAAGAGAUUUCUCGAGUUAUUUCUAAGGACUUAUCAUUUAUUCAACGACUCAAAAGAAUCCUUUGUUACCCCAUUCGUUUCUUCAUCAAGCAGCCCAGUAAGCACCAUUACAUCGAACUUAUCCGCCCCCUUGGCUACUUGCUUGAAAAACGAGCUUAUCUUAGCCACACACUCAUCCUUAAAGCCACAGCAGCCCGCGAUAUUGCUCAGGAAAACAUCGGUAACCCAACCAUUCCCUACCAAAUAUAUACUAAUGAUGAAAUCUUUACAUUUCUCAGCAAUCACAUCAACAAAAAGAUUGGCCGGCUUGUUCCCAAAAAGAGUUUCCAGCAGAUUAUUCGGGCCGAUUUCAUUCCCACCUACUCACCCGAAGUCAUCCAAAACCUCUUCUCUAGCUCCAAUAUCUACCGUCUCUAUGCUCUCCAUAUGCUUAUUCGUCUAUUUGUUAGUAUUGACGCCAAUUCACAUCUUAACAAAAUCGAUAGUACUCGACUCCUAGCCGCUUUUGUUCCUCUUUUCAUGGGCGCUCGUUACACCUGCAACCUCAAAGCCAAGCGCCCCAAGGAAUACCAGGCCCUGCUCAGCAAAUGGCAGCAAAUCCUCCGCUACGUCCCCAAAGAAAGGCACUGCCAGUAG